GGUAAGGUAAGAUACCUUAGUUCCUUUCAUUUACCUCGCCGCGCAGGCCUUGUCUUGGCCCAUCCUGCCGUUCAAUUUGUUCCUUGCCUGCGUUAGUUCCCAGGGUAGAGACUACCUACCUCUGGAUGUUUUACUUUAUUUUAUUUUUUUCGCCAAUUCACUCUCAGUUGCCAUUCGCAUGCCUCUCUGGACCCGAUGUGAGGUCGGGUGGGCUCCAUCAGCACCUCCCUUCCGUUCUUUACCAGCUACCUCUGGUCCUCCGCUCUCGUCUGCAGUUUCUUCUUCUUCUCACAACCAACUCCCCAUGACUUAAAAAUGUCUUGAUGACAAUCUCACACCAUCACCUCAUUUCCUGUCUCUGGCUGGCCCUCCCAACGGCCUGGCUCACCUGCUACCUGCCCUUGCCGCUUUCCCGCGAACUAAGGUAAAGCAACAUAUCGCUGCUUCUUUGCGCGCGCACACGCACACGCCCAUAUCUCUUUCUCGUCGUUCACGCCCACAUAUCCACGCCCACCUACCUAGGUAGCCCACUCCACGCAUGUGGCCGUCGACCGGGCCCGGAUACCACCUAGAGGAAAGCCAGCACUGUCUGUAUUCGUUCGUACAGCUUCGGUGCUCCUUUGCUUCACGACCAUACCUUACCUACUUACCCUUCAACAACUUACUUUCACUUCCCAUCUUCACUCCCGUCCGUUCCUGCAAAAACCCCUACGCAGGCAGGCGCAACUCGGGUAACCACUCCAUGGGACCCAUACAUCGAGCGGCUUCCUGCUAUCUCGCCUGUCGUCCCUACCCGUUCUGUCCUUCCUAUUCCUUGCCACCGAAUUCCCUGAGCCUGCCCGUUCUUGCUUCUGCUCCUGCUGCGCUUGCCUUGCCGCUGAAGUAUCCUUCUUCACCGACUGGCCUCUCCUUCCAUUGCCUCUCCUCCUGGCCCGUGAAGCAAGUAUAUUAGGCUUCUGCCAGAUCAUGUCAGAUCCUCGCCAUCUCUCUCUCAACCGUUUCUUCUCCCAUCAACGCCAUUGUCUUCCGCACCAGCCUUUGUCUCGUCUUCUCUUCUUCCCAAUCCUUUAUACAAGUCAGUCUCUGCCACGCCUACUCAGUCUCUUCCAGACGCUCUUCAACUUCAAGCACACGUUCGUAGUCAUUGGCUCCGCCGUCACUACGUCCCCUUCUUCUCAAAGCUUGUUCCGAGCCUCAACCUGACUCAAAGUCGCUUUCUUCACGCCCACGCUUCUUGGCCUUACAUCCCACGCCGCACGGCAGAAAGUCAAUAUCAAACAAACGUUUCCAGGUUCGUUCCGAACAUGCCCCCUGCCACUGCUUACUCAUGUUUCGCCCAUGGUCAUCUUCUGACAAGUCUGAUUUCAGUUCUCACAUCAGCAAGAUGGCGUCUAGUGCAGUUGGUCCGGUCGUGGGUGCUACCACAGCAGCCGCUGGCCAUCACAUCCAUCACCUCGACCGCAACGCCCCAGUCGCGGACGUUCCUGUCAUCCCCACUGGCUUUCCCGAGACAGUGGUCAACGAAUCAGCCUGGACCGGCCCGCAAUUUACCAAACAGUCGCAGUACACUUACAGCCUCACUAAUGCGGACCUUGACGAGCUCGCUGCCGCGCUCAAGCACUUCAAGACUCUGGGCCUAGACGGCGAUCUCGUCAGCCGGGACAACUUCCCUCUGCCGACCCUUGGUGCCACUUUGGAUGGCAUUGCCCGUGACAUUCAUCAAGGCAAGGGUUUCGCUGUAGUCCGCGGCAUUGACCCCCAGCAGCACUCUGUCGAAGACCUUACGAUCCUGUACCUUGGCGUUCAGGGCUAUGUCGCCAACCAACGUGCUCGCCAGGACAAGAAGGGAAAUAUGCUUGUCCACAUCGUUGCCGACAACACAAGCCAGGCUAAGGCGGAUCACCAUCGCCAUUCUACUUCAGCCAUUACCUUCCACAAUGAGGAGUCCGGCGAUGUCAUCAGCUGGUUGACCCGCAACACUGCUGCUGCCGGUGGCAAGUGUAUCAUUGCCUCUGCUCACACCGUCUACAACGUUCUUGCAGCCACUCGACCUGACAUCAUUCGCACUUUGUCCCGUUCCGAUUGGCCCUUUGCCCUUCCCAAGUUCCAGUGCCGUCCGGUUCUCUUCCAUCAUGACGGAAAGAUCAUUAUCAACUUUGGCCGCACCCCUUUGAUGGGCAAUUCGGCCCAUCCCAGACCGGCACACUUUCCAUCCUUGUCAGCUCGCCAGAUUGAGGCUCUUGACGCUGUCGAAGCGAUUGCCAAGGCUACUCAGAUGGAGAUCCAGACUCGUGCUGGCGAUAUUCACUUCAUCAACAACUUGGCCAUCCUCCACCGCCGCGAGGCCUUUGUCAACGGCCAGGGUACUAAUGAGAAGCGUCACCUUGUGCGCAUGCGCGUGCGCAAUGAGCAGCUCGGCUGGUCUAUUCCCGAUGCCCUCAAGCGCGAGUGGCAUGAUGCUUUCGACAAGCCUGCCGACCGCGUCUGGCACCUGGAGCCGAUGCCUGACGCGUUCUUCCCACUCAGAAAGUACCCCAACUGA